CCCGUUCCGCGUCCUCGCCGCCGGGAGGAGGUUCCCGCACACUCGCGGCGCGCGCCGGGCCGCCAGAGUCGGCCUGUGGGCGAUUUUCUCCGGACCCAAGCUCCGCGCCCGAGGAGGAAGAUGCAGACCUUUCUGAAAGGGAAGAGAGUUGGCUACUGGCUGAGCGAGAAGAAAAUCAAGAAGCUCAAUUUCCAGGCCUUCGCCGAGCUGUGCAGGAAGCGAGGGAUAGAAGUCGUGCAGCUGAACCUUAACCGGCCAAUCGAGGAGCAGGGCCCCCUGGAUGUCGUCAUCCACAAGCUGACCGAUGUCAUUCUUGAAGCUGACCAGAACGACAGCCAGUCCCUGGAGCUGGUGCACAGGUUCCAGGAGUACAUCGACGCCCACCCUGAGACCAUCGUCCUGGACCCCCUUCCUGCCAUCAGGACCCUGCUCGACCGUUCCAAGUCCUACGAGCUCAUCCGGAAGAUUGAGGCCUACAUGAAAGACGACAGGAUCUGCUCACCGCCCUUCAUGGAGCUCACGAGCCUGUGCGGGGACGACACCAUGCGGCUGCUGGAGAAGAACGGCCUGGCCUUCCCAUUCAUUUGCAAAACCAGAGUGGCCCACGGCACCAACUCUCACGAGAUGGCCAUCGUGUUCAACCAGGAGGGCCUGAGCGCCAUCCAGCCGCCCUGCGUGGUCCAGAAUUUCAUUAACCACAACGCUGUCCUGUAUAAAGUGUUUGUGGUCGGCGAGUCCUACACGGUGGUCCAGAGGCCCUCGCUCAAGAACUUCUCCGCGGGCAUUUCAGACCGAGAGUCCAUCUUCUUCAACAGCCACAACGUGUCCAAGCCAGAGUCGUCAUCGGUCCUGACCGAGCUGGACAAGAUUGAGGGCGUGUUUGAGCGGCCGAGCGACGAGGUCAUCCGGGAGCUCUCCCGGGCCCUGCGGCAGGCGCUGGGCGUGUCGCUCUUUGGGAUCGAUAUCAUCAUCAACAACCAGACGGGGCAGCAUGCGGUCAUCGACAUCAACGCCUUCCCAGGCUACGAGGGCGUGAGUGAGUUCUUCACAGACCUCCUGAACCACAUCGCCACCGUCCUGCAGGGCCAGAGCGCAGCCACGGCGGCCGCGGGGGAUGCGGCCCCCCUGAGGCACAGCAGGCUCCUGGCGGAGCAGGCGGACAGCCUGGCGGGCGAGCGGACGUGCAGCGCCAGCCCCGGCUGCUGCAGCAGCAUGAUGGGCCAGGACCCGCCCUGGACGGCGGAGGCCGACGCGGGCGGCAUGGGCGCAGGCAGCACCGCCAAGCUGCCGCACCAGAGGCUCGGCUGCACCGCCGCCGUGUCGCCCAGCUUCCAGCAGCAUUGUGUGGCCUCCCUGGCCACCAAGGCCUCCUCCCAGUAGCCGCGGAGCCCAGGACCCAGAGGGCAGCAUGGGCCACAGAGCACAGCCGCUGGGCAAGCUGCGCCCAGCAGCGACAUCCUACUAAGAAUUCCCAACGGUCUGAUUUUUUUUUUUAACCUGAUUUUCUGAUGUCAUUAUCUGAAAGAGGGGUUGCGGGGACGAUGGAGAAGAUCCCCAGUCAAUGGUCCAGCCUCGUGGAAAAGGGACGUCCUGCCUCAUUCCUGCUGUGCAGACCUCUUCACUGAGUUUACACACGCUUGUGUUUUCAACACUAGGUCUGAGUGCGAGGAGGGGUGUGUGUGCGUGUGGUUGCUGUGCGUGUGUGAGUGUGUGUGCACAUCCAUGUCUUGGUCUCGAUGGCUGCUGCGGACCAGGCCCUGGGGGCCCCAGCGGAGGUCGCCCUUGGUCAGGCUGCUGACGCUGAACAGAGCAAGUGGACGGUUCCCCUCUUCUGUCUUCUCUCCAAGGCCCACCCCAGGCUGCCCCUGAGGGGGCUCGCCUCCUGCUGGCCUCCCCCCCAGCUUUGGGAGGAGCAGGGCCUGAAACCCCACCAGGCGCGCAGCCGCCCUUACCGGAAGCGUGAGUCCAGGCUGGGGAGGCUGCAGCUACCAUUUCCCAGGGGUCUGGGCUGCCGCCGCCUACCUCCUUCCCAGGGUAGGCCAAGGCCGGUGUUGGCUGCCUCUCUCCACAUCCAGCUCCCUAAAGUCAACCCAGCCCCUCACCCCGUGUCCCAUGCAGCCCUGUGAGGGGCCACCCUCCUUGACCAAGCACUGCUGCUCAUCGGGACCCGGAGGAGGCUGCCUGGCUGGGGCCCCUGGGCCGAUCCCGCCUGUGCCAAGGAUUUGUGCCAUGACUGUGGGCAAAUCAUUCCGAGAGUCGCCGGGCCUUCUUGUCCUCGGUUGAGACCAGAACUCUGAAGGGCGGGCUUGACGCCCUCGCCCCUGCGACGCAGCCUGCUUUCCUGAGAAGCCAGCCUGGAUGAGCCCGCGCUUGGCAUUGAGGCAACUGGGGUCAUCCUCUUCCCAGGCAGGAGGAGGCUGUGCAUUCUCUCCAUCCCUGUUCACACCUGCCCGCC